UAUACUUAAAAUGUGAAUGUUCUGUUACGGAUUCUCGACAAUACAAGAUUUAUUCUGAAAUAAAAAGUUUAAAAAUGAAAUUAAAAUAGACAAAAUAAUAUUACAUAUAGUAUAAGUAGAAAAAUUUAUAAAGUGAUAUUUUUAACUUUUGAUGGAUAAAUAUUGGAUAUUAAUAUUUAAAUAUCAAAAUUGGGGUUUUUAUAAAAAUGCGUACUUGACCAUACUUGAAUUCUCAUGUACCCGUUUUAUGCGACGUAUCUUACACUGCUUAAGACCAGUUCCAAUACUCAAGAACAGAAGUACAGAGGACAGUAAAAAUCCCCAGAUGUCGUUCUUGUCCUGUCCCAAAUAUCAAUGAUAAAUCCUCGCCGAACGAGACCAAUCCCACGAUUCAUUGCGCCUCAUCAAUCGUGAAGGCAAAGGUUGCAAGACCGGUCUUUGUGUUUUUGGUAUUGAGAAACGCCUCUGGAUUCUCGUCCCACCAAUAACUAUAUCGUGUACAGUAUAUAUAUAACGCUCUGAGAGCAGCUGAGUAAUAAGGCAGCAGCAAUGGCAAGCUUUGGCAACUUCACGCACGCAAUCGUCCGGGGUAUUCCUGCAUCACUGGUCCAAGAAGCGCUGAGAAGCAGUUUAUGUCAGGUGGAUCUAGUCAAAGCCCAGCACCAACUGCAGUUACACAUUGGCACCCUAAAGGACGAACUGGGACUCCAGGUGGUUGAGCUACCCGCUGAUGAAAGCCUUCCAGACUGCGUGUUCGUGGAGGAUUGCGCGGUGGUGUGCGGAGACACCGCGCUGAUUACCAGACCUGGGGCGCCCAGCAGAAGAAAGGAGACCAAAGCCAUGAAGAGUGCCCUGCAAGAGCUGAACUUCAAAAUUGUAGAAAUGAAGGAUGAUACUGCCACCUUGGACGGGGGAGAUGUACUGUUCACAGGGAGAGAGUUUUUCGUCGGUUUAUCCAAGAGGACCAACCACCGUGGGAUAGAAAUCCUUGCAGGGGCAUUCAAGGACUACCCAGUGUCCACAUUACCUGUUUUUGAAGGCCUGCACCUGAAGAGUUUCUGCAGCAUGGCAGGGCCAGAUCUAAUUGCAUUUGGCUCCAGUGAACCUGCUCAGAAGACAUUGAAGAUUUUGCAGCAGACGGGUGAUCAUCAUUAUAAAACGCUGAUAUUGCCCGAUGACGCAGCUGCUAACUGUGUGUUCAUGAAUCUAUCUGGAAAAGGACAAGUGUUGCUGCACUGUACACCGGAGGAGUACCCAAACAGUGCCAAGGUUUUCGAGAGGCUUACGGACCACCUUCUCUUUCCGGUCCCAAACAGUGAGAUGUCCAAAGUGGAUGGUGGUCUGUCUUGCUGCUCCGUACUCAUCAGCAAGACGGGAAGCUGAAUGCGCUCAUUGAGAUGUCCAUGAAACUCCUGGUUACCGUGCAUUACUUAUAGGUGUCAUAAUAACAAAAACCAUAUUACAUACUGAGUUCACUCAUUAAUAGUCCUUGACAGCUGUAUGUGCUAUUUGCCUCAGUUGUUUGGCACUAAAUCAAUGUAAUAAACACAGUGUUGCUAAAUCUAACAUUUUAAACAGGCGGUACCAGAAAUUACGAAAUUACCUAAGAUGCUAAAAGGCCAGAAAGCCCAUUACACGUUCCUAGUUGUGAUCUAAAGUUCUGUCAUAUACAUUGUCGGUUUUUGUUUAAUUUACCCCAUCUUGUAUUUUUUAUGACACUUUUCAAGUAUCUUAUGCUGCUCUGUGUAAUAACUGACGCAAACCUGAUUUAUAAUUUGUUCUUGAAAGAUUUCAGACUUCUUUUGGAAAAUUGGGACAUAAUCACAGGUAGAAACACUUAGAGUUUAUAAUGCUUGCACAUUAUACCUUCUGAAUCAGCCACCAUGAUUAAGGUUUGUAAAGUAUGUGAUAAAGUAGUUGUGUGAAAAUGAAAUUCAGUUUGGGGUGUUUAGUCCUUUUUUAUCUCUUGAGUGUUACUAAUAUCAAGUAAAGUUUUUGUUCUGUCGCAUCCGUAUCCUUGAACGUUUCCACAACCCAUUUGAUUUAAUCAGCUAUGAAAAUUAACAUCCACGCAAAUAUAUAUAUAUGAGAAUGUAUAUUAAUGAGUGAAUUUUUUUAUUCAUAUAUAUAUUCCAUCAUUUUUUAAGGUCGCUUGAUGUCAUCCUAUGAUUCAUGAGGAGGCACUGUUGGAUAAGCUGCCCGUCAUCACUGGCAUUAGAAAGUCGCUUUUGCCUUCUACCUGGCUGGUUUUUCUUCGGUCCCAGUGUCUCCAUGUUGUUCUUGCGUCCUACUCUCUUAGAAGUUUUGAGCCUGGAAGCAACCUGCCGCUCAGUUUAGCCUUCUGCCAGAAGAUCCAGGAUUUAAGCAAGAUUUAACAAUGCAGAUUCUUAAAAGUUAUGGAGUGGUUUCAAUUUUUUCCAGAGAUACGUGUGUGUGUGUGUGUGUGUUGUAUAUAUUUGUUUUUUCUUCCCCCGAGGGACCUUGUCUAUAAUCAACUUUUACAAACUUGCUGUAGUUCAGCUGUGGAAAUAUGUUUUUACAUAUCUUAACGUAUUUUCAUUUAAGAGCAGCUUUUUAGCUUAUAAACACCUUUUGUCCUUGUCUGGUAGUUUAUGACAAUGACAUCAUACAAUCUGGCAAAGAUACAAAAUGACCAGCAGUAAAAAAAAUGAGGGGGAAAAUCAUUUUAGACUGGAGAAAUAGAUAUUACGUGAGGUGUUUGGCAGAGGGAAUGAUGAUGACAUAAUUGCCUUUUAUUCGACGGCGAGGUCAUGCAGUAAACUGUGCCUCAGAUGCUGGCUCAGUGCUUUCGGUCACAGGGCUGAAAAUCAUACUGGCUAACCACAGUGAUUUGUUGCGCUUCUGCACUGUAAUCUUGUGCCAUUGCGAAUAAUUAACAGGCAGGGAUAAUAAUCCAUUGUAAAUCGUUAAAAUGUAAAAGGUUUAAUCCUAAAAUUAGUGCUAAUGUUAUGUUAGUGUACAACAGUGUCUGCCCUGUGCAGUUGCUAUGUAUUGCAACAUAUUGGCAUUCAGUAUACAGGUAGUUCUCCCUGUAUGAGUUUAUAUCUUCAUGAUAAUUUUAUGAGGCAAAAAUAAAAACUUCUUUUUUCA